AUGGCUCUUUCUUAUAUGAUAAAACAAGCUCAAGAACAAGGUCUUAUCUCUGGUUUUCAAGUUGUUGAAGGUGGUAAACUAGUUAGUCAUCUUCAAUUUGCUGAUGACACCCUGAUUUUCUUGGAUGCUAAUCUUAUCCAAGGUAUUAAAGUUACUACUUCUUGUCCUGCUAUCUCACACUUGUUUUUUACAGAUGAUUGUUUAAUUUUCACUCAUGUAAAUCCAGAUCAAGUAAGUAAUCUCAACUCUAUAAUUGAGAACUUUAGCAAAAUUUCAGGACAAGCUAUUAACUUUGAUAAAUCUGGUCUAGCCUUCAGCCCCAAAACUAGCAGUCAAUCCAUUAAUGCUAUUACUAAUACUCUUAAUAUUAAGAGACUAGGACUUCAGGACAAGUAUUUAGGAGUCCCUUUGCUACUACAAAGAAAUAAAACUGAAUCCUUUAGUGGUUUGACAGGUGGUUUUGAAAUUAGACUAGGCAAUUGGAGAUCCAAACAUUUAAACCUUCCUGCUAGAACUGUUUUAGGUUCUCUUGCUACACAUCAAAUGUCUGUUUUUCCUAUGCCUAAGAAAUUGAAAGAUAGGAUGGACACUAUCCAAAAAAGGUUUUUAUGGAACAAAGCUAGUAACUCUAGAGGUGUUACUUUAAUUCCUUGGACAACUAUUGCUGGUCCCAAAUGUAAAGGGGGUCUUAAUAUUAGGCAGACUGAUAUCUUUAAUAAAGCCCUUUUGACCAAACUUGCAUGGAGAAUGCUAAAUGAACCUGAUUCUUUAUGUUUCAUUAUCCUUAAACAUAUGUCAAAUGUAUCUUGGCUCUGGAGAGCCAUCUGUAAAGGUUUAGAGGUUAUUAAGAACUACUACUGUUGGGAAAUUUCUAAUGGAAAAAGUAUAAACAUCUGGAAGGAUGUCUGGGUUCCUAGUCUAGGUGUUAAAGUUAAUUCCAGAUUUAGCAGUUUAGGAAUGGUUAAAGUAGAACAACUUAUAGAUAGUUAUACCAAAAGUUGGAAUAUGAAUAUUGUGAAUGCUUUGUUCUCUCCAGAUAUUGUGCAAGAAAUUGCUAAAAUUAGGAUUCCUAUGAUUGGCAAAGAUCAAAUUAGAUGGACAAGAUCUAGAAAUGAUGGAUCUACUCCUAGUGGAAUUGGACUAAUGCUGAGAAGUUGUACAGGGAAAUUUGAAGGAGCCAAAGAGGAAAGGAUUCAAGUAGUUGAUGAAAAACAAGAAGAAUUUGUUGCUGCUUUAGAGUCAAUUAAAUGGGCUAUGGAGCAGGGAAUAAAGAAUUUGAUUUUAGAAGGUGAUAACAAAAAUGUAGUCAAUGCCAUUAAUGGCAAUAUGAACUAUAUUAACUGGACUACAAAUAGUGUAGUUCAGGAAUGUCUUUUUCUGUUAAAAAGUUUUGAGAAUUGGUCUUGUUCUUUUGUUAAGAGAGAUGCGAACUCAAUUGCAGACACCUUGGCAAAACAUGUUAGAGCCAAUGGUAAUGGUCUUUGGUACCUUGUCCCUCCAGAUUUCCUUCAUGGAGAUUUAAGGAAGGAUCUAUCUAUGUAA